CUCCGUCGUCUAACCCAGGCAUCAAAACCAUUUUGGAAAAAUUCAGGGUUUUGCUUCAUGACCCAUUAUUUUAAAGCUGUUUUAACAUCAUUCAAGUCAUUGAAUCUGAAGCCCGCUAGGUUGUUUUUUUGGGCCUACCUCACAAUGUCGCUCUCAGUGGCCUUUUCCUCCCUCCCUCCCUUCUCCUCAUACAUAUGUCACCUUUCUUUCCAAGGGCUACCAGCAACAGCCAAUCAUUAACCUAGCAAUAGCCAAUGCAGUGACAGCACAAAGGGCCACUUCACCUAGCAACAGUCUUUCAGGUACAGACAGACUUAUGUAUAUAUAGAUGGACCACCCCCUUCUUUGAAAUAUGACGGAUGCGCCAGUGCUUUGGCCUUUGAAAAUGUUUUGGAAUUAAGACAACCAUUUAAAAAUAAUACAUGACUUCUCCCCAGUGUAAUGUAGAUUGUACUAUGUUAACCCAGGAAAAACUUCUGGAAAAAGAGCCAGUUGAAAGACCCAGGAUGAAGCCAGUUCUCUGUGAAGGAUUCCAAAUAUGAAUACGUGUGUCUUUGGGAGCGAGUAGAGGAGAGUAGGUUUGCCAGGGAGACAGAGGAGACUUUGUGCAUGGAGCUGGCUUUGACACUGCUCAGCCUGUUCACUCGCUCUCUGUUUUUCACUUCUGCCUUCACAGGAACAUGCAGCGGCUUCUCAUCCCCGCCAUCCUUCUAAUUGCUUCUGCUCAACAGUUUUCUUGCAGGGUUCAAAGCAACAGACAACAGCAGGGAAAGCCUGAAGGAGAAGUCACAGUAAACCGUGAGGUUCAUCAGCGCAGAGAAGUAUGCCAGUGGCCCUGCAGAUGCCCGCGUGCACCGACCUGUAGUCCUGGAGUAAGCCUGGUGAAAGAUGGCUGUGGAUGCUGCAAGAUGUGUGCCAAGCAGCCAGGACAAACCUGCAAUGAAGCUGAAGUCUGUGAUCCUCACAAAGGACUAUACUGUGACUACUCAGCAGAUAAGCCCCGCUAUGAAAGAGGGGUGUGUGCAUAUAUGAUUGCUGUAGGCUGUGAGAUCAAUGGUAUGCACUAUAUCAAUGGCCAAGACUUCCAGCCAACUCCACUGUAUAAGUGUUUGUGUGUUAAUGGUGCAAUUGGGUGUACCCCCGUAUUCAUCUCAAAGCCAGCACCUAAUGAAUGCGCCACACCAAAGCACAGGAAGAACACUGGGCAUUCACACUUCAAAUGUGUUUCAGGACAACAAAAGCAGCAGCAAUCAAUAGAUUACAGACUAAUGCCGGCUUUCAGAAGCAUACCACUUGUUUUGAAGAAGAAGUGCCUAGUACAAGCAACUCCAUGGACACCUUGUUCUCGAACCUGUGGGAUAGGUAUAUCUGAUCGAGUGACCAAUGAAAACCGUAAAUGUGAAAUGAGGAAAGAAAAAAGACUGUGUUACAUUCAACCAUGCAGAGCAAAUUUUUCAACAACAGUAAAGAUUCCUAAAGGAAAAACAUGUCAGCCUACAUUUCAGCUUCCCAAAGCAGAGAAACUAGCCUUUUCUGGAUGCAUAAGCAGACAAAGUUACAAGCCAAUCUUUUGUGGAAUCUGCCUGGACAAGAGAUGCUGUAUACCCAACAAGUCUAUAAUGAUUACAGUACAGUUUGACUGCUCCAAGGAAGGCACCUUUAAAUGGAAGAUGAUGUGGAUUACAUCUUGUGUUUGUCAGAAGAUAUGCCAUGAUCCCAAAAAUAUGUUUUCUGAACUCAAACUUUUAUAGAUAAUAUGGAUGGCAGUAUGGGAUGAAAAGCGAUCAAAUAUCCCUAUGAACUUCAGUGGCAAAACCAGUGAAUACAUUGAUUUUACAAUCAAAACAUUUUUGCCCCUUUUAAAAUGCACAUUAUUGUAAAAAGAAGUGGAAUGCGCUGUAUAUUCAAGUUAAAAGGCAGUUGUAUUUAUCAAUGUGUCAUAUACAUUUAAGAUCAGCGAUAUAAUUGUUGAAUAUUUUCUAUAAUUGAAGCCAAGUAUGUAGCCUUCUUGGUAGAUCUUUUUGUGUUUAUAUGCCUUUGGUAAUUAUUCCUUUGAUAAUUUCUGAUACGUGCUCUGAAUCCCAUUUGGGAGAAAAGUGAGAUAUAAAUCAAAGAAAUAAAUGUUUUUUCUCAUCAGUUAAAAGGACAAAACAAAGCAAUUGUGUAAUUUAUCUUGCCAUUUUUCUUAUUGUUCUGAUGAGAAUUUCCUGUGUAAUCUGCUUUAAAGAGUUUUGGAAAUAAUGAACUGGAUCAAAAUGUCUGUAGUAAAUAAAUCCAAUGAGCUAGCUGCUUAUGUAGAUGAGUGGGAUGUGGCAGGAUUUUUAUGUUUCUCCUCUUUUUUGUAGCUUCUUAUGCACCAAAAUCUUCUUGCAGAGAAUAAAACCCUUCUAGUUAAAA